ACCCAGUGUAGUGCAUGGGGGGCAUUGAACCUGAGAUCUGGGAUGACAGCGAGCCUGUGUCAGUCUCGUUUCCAAUACAGCAUUGUGCACAGAGGAGCUUUGAAAAGCUUGGUACAUCGGCCAGUGCGUCCAAUAAACUUUGUGGCCGCCCAGCUUUUUUUCCCCUGUGGUGAUCCCUGCUUUUGACACUGAGACAAAAAGAGAGAGAGAAAGAAAGAACUUAAGAAUGCAAAAGAAGCAAGGAGGCAUAGAGAAAGCAGAAGGAGGCGGUUUUCCUUUGUAGUCACUGAGGAAUGCGGAAAUGUUCCUGCUCUAUGUCAAACUUCUCUGAAGGGGGUCAAGACACAUUCAGCCUGCGUGGGAAAGGGAAAAAGAGCCGGAGCUCACAGACAACAUUGCAUAUUCUGGAAUAGGACAAGAAAAGAAAGAAAUUUCGCUAGGAAAAAAAAAAAAGAACUUUGCAGUUUAAAGGGUUCAUCCAUACACUUUGAUCUCAAAAAAGGUUUUGCACUUCCACUGUUUUUCUGUGUGAAAGACGAAUACCCCCCCUUUUUUUUAGAUCUGCCUGAAUUGCUGCUGCUGGAGAAUGGGGGUCCCAGCGUUCACUGUUUCUCUACCUGUGUGGCCCUGACUAGGACAGUAAGGGAUCUGUGAAGUAUUUGCAAACUUCCAUUCACAAAGGACGAGCUGGUUCAUCGCAGUUUAUAAAGGACGUGCAGAACGUUGCGUCCUUGCGGAAUUUUCUGUCCUAAAUGAUAUCGAUCAGACUUCGAUGAUGCUAGAUCUGCUCUUCUGAUGAUGUCUUCUUCGUAACAUUUCAAGGUGCCUGACGGGGUUUGUCAGAUUAGUUGGUUUGUUGUUGUUGUUUUUUUUACAAAGUUGCAGCACGCUGUAAAAUGGAGAAAGACAGUCUGACUCAACAGUAUGAGCCUGUUGCUGAGAUUGGGGAAGGGGCGUACGGAAAGGUAUACAAAGCACGGGAUCUGAAGAACGGGGGCCGUUUCGUUGCCCUUAAAAGAGUCAGGGUGCAAACCGAAGAAGAAGGAAUGCCACUUUCUACCAUCCGCGAGGUGGCGGUCCUGAGACAGCUGGAGUCCUUCGAGCACCCCAACGUUGUUAGGUUGUUUGAUGUUUGCACAGUGUCCAGAACAGACAGGGAGACCAAACUGACACUGGUCUUUGAGCAUGUGGAUCAGGAUUUAACCACAUAUUUGGAGAAAGCUCCUCAGCCAGGCGUACCACCUGAAACCAUUAAGGACAUGAUGUUCCAGCUUCUACAGGGACUGGACUUCCUUCACUCACACCGUGUGGUGCACAGGGACCUCAAACCUCAGAACAUCCUCGUCACCAGCAGCGGACAGAUCAAGCUGGCUGAUUUUGGCCUUGCAAGAAUAUAUAGCUUUCAGAUGGCACUAACCUCUGUGGUGGUCACAUUAUGGUACCGAGCCCCAGAGGUGUUACUUCAGUCCAGUUAUGCAACACCAGUAGACCUCUGGAGUGUUGGUUGCAUAUUUGCUGAAAUGUUUCGAAGAAGGCCUCUUUUCCGGGGAAAUUCUGAUGUUGACCAGUUAGGGAAGAUUUUUGACGUCACUGGGGUUCCCAGUGAGGAGGACUGGCCCAGUGAAGUGGCCCUGCCGAGAACUGCCUUCCCCCAGAGGCCAGCGCAGCCCAUUGGGGAUUUUGUCCCAGACAUCGACGAGCUAGGGAAAUCCCUGUUGCUCCAAUUUCUGACAUUCAGUCCUUCCAAAAGGACAUCGGCCUACGCUGCUUUGUCACACCCGUACUUUCAGGACCUGGAGAGCAGCAGUAAGAGUGUGCACUCCCAGACACCCUCCAGCCAGUCUUCCUCGGAGGAGAGAGCAGCCUGAGCGCGCUGUGGACACGCUCCGACUCCAGGCCUCAAGGUGGAGGUCCUGGCUUUCCGGAGGUCGUCGUUUCCAAGGCCGACUGCCCCCCCCCCCCUCCUCCCGGUCAGCAUAUUACCGGUAUUGCCGAUGUAUUUAGAAGAAAAAAGAACACAAUUCCUCCGUAAGACCUUAUGCUGCUUUGAGAGUAACGUUCAAGAGAGAAACGAGUGUCUUGUUUUUUUGUGAUUGUUGUUUUUUUAAAUUUUGUUCAAACAAUGCAAGGACCCUAGCCGAUCGGGUUGUGCCUGGGAAAACUCUGGAGAUCCAGACCGCUGCGUCCUUCACCUGCUGUCGUUUUGUCGACAUGAAAAGUGCUGCCAACCCCUGCGAUGAGCAGCAGACCCAGUCACUGCUCACUGCCUGUUCUUUCAGAGCUGCUCCGGCCUUCCUCAACUCCUGUCCUUACUAGCUGUGCGUGCUGUUGAAUGUCUGUCUCGGUGUGUAUCUCUGGGAAUUUUAUUUAGACUUUGGAUUUUAUUUUAACUGUCCACAGAGAGUGUUAACUUGUAGAUAAAACGGGGAAUUAAAAUACUAAAAAGUAACAGGCCUGCCAUCUUGUGGCUGAUGUACACCAGUGCAAGAAGACGUUUCCAUUUCUUAAAGGAGUGCUUUCACAAAAACGUUUGGAAUUUGAUUUCAGAUACGUUUGUAUUUCACAUUAAGUGUGAACCUGACAGGUUAUAGUAUGAUCUUCAGGUAUUUUGUAUGUUAAACAACUUUGCAUAUUUUCUGGGACUCUUUACUACUACAUUUUUUAAACAUUUCUGUUUCUUUCACUUAGCACAGUCUAAUACAAAUUAUUUUACAGAUUUCUGAAGUAAUAUAUUUUACAGAAUGGGUUACUUUCAAAACGACUUGUUGGUAAAAAGGACUAGUAACUUAAGUUUUUCAGUUCAGUGAUUAACGAUACAAUAUAAUACAUAUCAUUUUAUAUAAAAUAGUUCUAUAAAAGCUAUUAUUUCUGCUGAAAAUAUUUAAAAUCAAUUAAAAAUAUUAGUGGCAUAUGGGCCUCUGUGUAUUUUCAGAAUGUAGAGUUAGCAGUAAAAGUAGUAUUAUUCAAUUCUUCUGUAUUUACUUUAGUUUUUGAAGAUGUUGAAGCUGCAAAACUGAGGUGUAUGUUUGUGUGCCUAGAAUUCAACUUUUCAAUUAACUUACACACCAUGCAAACUGUCGUCAGGUUUUUAUUUUGAAUGAAACAGGUGAGGGUGAUAGUAGAAACAGGGACAAAUUGAAAAUAAUCAAUUUGAAAAUAAUUACAAAUAAUUCAAACAUAUUGAAGUAUUGAAAAUAAUCAGUUUGUUUCUAGAUUGUUCACUUUUGACUUUUUUGAAUCUGAGAAAAUAACAUCAUUUGGAAAGGUUUUUUCUUUAUUAAAAGCAAAUUUUCUUGAAGGGUAGGUCUUUUAUGAUAAAAAUGUGUACAGUAUGUACCACUUCCUCUUUUUUGAAGUCAUAUGCUGUUUCUGUGGCUAAUUCAAGCUCGAAAAAUAAUUAAUAUCACAUAUCACACAUAUUUUAGUCGCCUGUAAACUUAGACCUUUUCUUCAGUAACCUAGGAAAUCCAGAGACUGCUUGACUUAAAUAAAUUUAAGAGGCACGGUCAUAACUUCAUCAUAAACACUACACAAUAUGAUAAAACAACAUGCAUAAUCCUUACAACCAUUUGUGCAAAUUAUACUAAAGACAUGUAAUUAUUUGUAACGGUUCACAAUAAUACAUAAUUCCAGCUGAAAGCUAAGAGCUGGACUCCAGAUAGAGAGAAGAAUGAAAAUGAAGAAAACUCCAUUACGGAACAGAGAGCUGACAAGGACUUUCUGUAGAUCCAGCUCAGUAUCAGUGGUUCUGGUGUGUCUGUGUGAAAUUUUGCUAUGUGGGUUUUAUGCAUGUUGUUGUAUUGUGUUGCAUUGUGUUUCUGAAGGAUGUUUGUUUUUAUUCUCGAUUAUGUUAGCAAUUGCCUUCGUGUCUGGUCGUGAUACGACCAGUGUGGAGGUGACACUGUGAUUUAUGAAGACGUAGGUGAUCCCGUGCUUGCAUCUGUGUAGACGUUUGUGAACCAGUAGAAGUGACAGCGAUUUACUGGGCUGUAGUGGACAAGACCUGUUGCUGUAUUAGCUAUAGUGUUAGUGCAGGUGAAUAAGGUGUGAAGGGGUGGUAGAGUAGGGUACCCCCUCGCUCUUGGGGUCACUAAGAGAGAUGUGUUGACAAAAUGAAAUGGUGAAGUGGCAAGACGUGUAGUAGAAGACAGAAUCCUGAAUAUUGGAUGCAGUUCGCCUUUUAGAUGCAUGUUUGCAUGCAGAGUACGUUGUGAAAUUUAAGGAAGCUUUAGAUUCCUUCUUUGGCCAGAUCACUUUGGCUCAAACAAAUGCCCUGUCCAUUUGAGCCGUGGUAGAGACGUCAGAAUAUCUCAGUAAGCCAAGGAGUUUUUAAAACUCCAAACGCUUCUGAAAUUCAUAUGCUUUUAUGUACUCGACGGAAAUAUCAGCCAGCAUGAACAGAUGUUCCAAAAACAAGUAAAACUCCUCAUGCCAAAUAUACAGUGUGAAUCUAAGUAUACUUGAUAUUUACCACACAGAACCAUUUUCCCAACAAUAACUUUUUCACUCUUAGUGUCACAAGAAAACGGACCCUAGGGGCCAUAUGAGCUGCUUGUUUAUCAUUAUCAUAGUAAUUCUAACACAGCAUUGAAACAAUUUAGAAAAAUGUCGAUGUGACUCAAAGGUAAAAACUGUUUAAAGCUUUUUGUGAAAAACUUGAUUGUGAUGAGGUUAUUUCACAUACACUCCCAUGUUCAGACAUCAGAAUCUGAAGACAGUACAGUAAACGAUACAGUGACCUUUCCUUAUUUUUCUACUUUGCAUACUUUGAGUUUUUCUAAAUGCAAAUUUAAUAUUUAAAAACAAUUUUAAAAAUACGGCUUUAAAAUAAAUCGUCUUUAAUCUACCUUUACUUAGCAAAAGAUUUGGAAAUUUUGCUUUAAAAACUUGCUAGUGUUAUUAGAGGCAAUACAGUGCAUAGUGCUUAGAUCCAAUUUAACUUUGUCUGGACAUGCAAACAUAAGAUUGUUAGACUUGUUGAAAGCAUGUUGUUGUAUCUAAAGUCAUGUCUGUUUCUACCACUGUAAUUACGAUAUACUUUAGAACUUUUUAAUUCAGUAACAUGUUAUGAACUGUUGUCCAAACAGCUAGGUCUCUAGUAAAUUCAGAGGGUUUCAGUUUCUCCUUACAAAACUUCUGGAUUCAUCAUGCCACAUAUCCAAAAUAAAUGUAUUAAUGAUCAAAUUUUGGCUCAUUUAAAGCUCACUUUUAGACACUGUCAGUAUGUUAAUAAUUUGACUAAUUGGUGCAGUCAUAUGCAAAGAACCUGGAUCUGACAGAGAAUUGCAAAGCAAAUAUCCUUUAUUGUUGAAGGUGCUGAACAGUGGAAGACAUACUGGAUAUAAUUAUAUUUUGUGUAAAUGUGAUAAAGCCUGCAUUAAAAAAAAAAACAUAAAACCAUUUAUUAAAUCACUCAGAAAAUAAAGACGUUACUACAUUGGGACUACAUACUACUUUUGCUUCUGUUUUCAAGCACCAUAAUCGUAGUUCUUAAAGAUAACAGCUUCUAUAAAUAUUAUGUUUGUGUUGUUAUUGUGGUAAAAUUGCAAGGAAAAGGUAAGUGGUAGUACUGCUUCAGUCUGAUGUAGCAAUGAAAUCAAAGAAUGUAAAAGUCAAAAAUAUUUUUUUUCUCUUGCAUCUGUAUCAAAGUUGGAGGAUGACAUAUCAUAUGUUGGACAGUUUUAGAAACUUUAGAACACAACAAAGGAGUAUUUUUCUGUGGAGACAAUGCACUAAUGAGACAUAAGAAUUUCCUUGAGCUCAAAAAAGGUUUUGGAUAGUUGAAAAAGAAUUCUGGUCUCUGUUUAAUCUGAAAUACAAUUAGGGACAUUUCCAUGUAUUGAUGUGUAAGUACUCAGGUUCAGUUUAGAAAGAGUAAAGUCUGACACUCACUUUGCACAUUCGGUUUUGUAUGAAGUAUCAAUAUUCAUAUUUUCAGGUUGCUGGACAUUAGUGAGCUCAAGUAUCUAUAGUAAUAAUGCAUUUGUUUUUAAAGCAGGUUGACUGUGCCAGUAAAGGUGUAUUCAUAUUAUUUAUACACGUUUUAACAUUUAGAAAAUGUAGAGCUCUAGUUAUAUAAAUACAUUUUUCCAGAGUGUGAAUGCAGAAGAGUGUGUGUUAGAAACAUAGACUGUACAUUUGAAAAGGCUCAAUAAUGAUACUAAGCUGUGUAAAACUUCAAAUGGGUGGUGAGGUGGAAAGCUAGCUGUAACUUGAAAAGACUUUUAUUUUGCUUUUAUAAAAUGUGAGUAGACUCAGUAAUCAGUAAAAAAAAAUAUUCUGAAUAUCUCACUAAUCGAGUACAAAUGUAAAACUAAGGGCACAUCUAGGUGAGCUUGUCUCCCACUGGCUAAACCACGUCUUAUUAAGCCUCAGAGUGCAGUAUCAAGACAUCCAGCACAGACACCGUGGCCUAAUGCAUAGUAAGGUGAUUCUGCUGUUAGUGUAAUCCUGUUUUGUCUUGAACUGGUGGGAAUUGUGUUGAGAUUCUUUUGUAGGCAGAGUUGUGAAAAUAAUUUUGACCAAAUCUAGCAAGGCAGGCAGGGGUUUAGGCAAACGGCUCUUUUACACCUGUGACCUACAGCAUAGGGCUGCACAGUGAAAUGUACAGGUACCACUUACUUAAACUUCUACUAUGCGUCAUCACACCACAAGAAGAAACCUGCACUCAAUUCAUGGUUAAUUAACAAAGGCAUCCAAAGAAAUGAUAGCCCAUGGAUAUUAAGAGGCAGUCCAAGCAACCAAAUCCUGCUGCACAUUUAUUGUUUUAUAUAAACUUCCAUCACCAAUUAUUGUUGUACUCACCUGAUCUGGAAUAGCUAAUGGUGGGGUUUUUUACCUCUGAGGGAGUAUGAGGAAUGUGGAAGGAUACCUACCUUCGAGUUCCUCGUCUUGUAACAAGUUACCUUCCCUGACCGCGCGGUGCAGCGCAGAGUUAGCGAGGUAGUGAUAUGACCCAGGCUCGGACCCGUGAUCGGAGAGCUCAGUCUGCACUCAAGUGUGCCACCACACACCCCACUGCCUUCUCCCCCUCUCCAGUUUGCGGCUGCUCCACUCAUGCCUCCUCAGGGUUCUCCACUGGUUGGGCAACUGCAAAAAAAGAUGUUCAAGUGAGGAGCUGUAUCAUCAGGUGCUGCCUGCAAGAAACAAGUAUCACUCCUUUCCAUUCUGAAAAACAACGCUUCGGCUCUUCAAGCUUCAGUUUGCCCAGAUCUCCCUCCAACAGGUGGACACUCUGUCUCACCUGUGUGCCCAUUCUCACCUGCUCUGUCCUUUGUUCUCAUGUGCUUUUUAUCCCUGCCAUCUUACAACCUCUCCCUCAUGCCUGGAGGAGUUUAAGAGCCUAAACGUUGUAGUAAGAAAAUGUUAAUCUUAUGUUAAGAUAAAUACUUCACUUGUACCAUUGCAUCAGUAAAGCAAUGAACAAUUUCUAAUUAAACACCCCUUCUCGUGGAUAGUCUUAACUGAAAAAGACAAGCAAAAUCUUUCAAUUUUUUUUUCUUUCUCAUAGGACUGAAUUAAGUAUUAAUAUACUGUAUGGAUUAUAUGAACAGUAUGUGAGUAACAAAUCCUAAGCUUUCUUAAGCUAGUGAGUGUGAUUGUACAUACCGCGCCAUUCUGAGUUUAGAAUGACCUUCAAUAACACUUGAAAUGAUUGCUGUAUUUACGACAGAGGAUGAACCCCUUAUUUUCACUGUUUUCUUUUUCCUGGAACGAUUUGUAUAGAAUCACUGUAAUUACAACCUGUUAUUUUCUGUUAUUGUUGUGGGAUUUUGUUCUACAUUUAACAAAGGCUAUCUAUGAUGGAUUUUUAGUAUACAUUAAUCCUCAUUACAGAGCAGAAAUAAGGAAUUUUGCGUUGUUUGUAUACUCAUGAAUACAACGUAUUCACUUAUGAAUGUUAAAACACAGAAUAUUUUCAUAUCUCAAAAGUAUUUUUAUUGUAGGUGGUAGAACCAGUUUUCCUCCAAGUGUACAGAAUUGACUUAGUUACCAUAUUUAUUGCAACUAAUUUCUUUGAAUUUUAACAAUAGAAAAUUACCAAAACCCCAUUUAACCAGUACUUCAUGUUUCAUUACUGAAUGUUUCUGUUCCAGCAUUGCUUAUAUUAUACCAAAUACUCUCACACUCUAUGAUUAUCUUUAGCCCAGCUAUUAUCAAUUUUAAUAUCAUUUUUAAUGGAAUUGUAAUUUUCUAUAGCAAAAUAAAUGAACGAGUUUAGUAAUCUGUGUUUUAAUGUUUCUAAUUGCAGUUCAAAGCAUAGAUAUACUGUCAAAUAUACUUGGCACCUUUAAUUGUGAAGCAGCUCAAAACCUGAGCCCACAAAACAAAGGUUUGCAGAUUAAAGGAUUUUCAAGUUUUUUGCUUUGUAGCAAAUAAUGUUAAAUGUGUUAACAGAUUUUAUUUUUACCCUUUAAGAAAACCAGUUAUUUUAUUACAAACGUGCUAAUUUCACAUGUUUAACUAUAGGGGCCACAAGAUAGUUACAGUACCUGUAGUCUGUUUCACAUCAUAAUUGUGCUUCUGAUGUGUAACCUUUCAGAUCGUGUGAUAUGUAAUUAAUUACUUUUAAGAAGAAGUUUUCAAUUCAGUGUUUUCAAUUCAGAAUUGUGUUUAGAAUGUAAAUUUGCCAAAUGCACAAAUUAUUAGGACCAUUAGUCAUAUCUUGGUGAAAAGGUUAAAUUAAAAUUGUGCAGCUUCUGUGCUUUUGAUCUCUGAAUAUAACAUUUAUCGAAAACGUUUGCUCAUGUAGAUAUUGGACUCGCAUGAUGUUGUGUGUUUGGAGUUCGGCUUUCUUACGUUUACGUGUCUUUGUAGUGCGUGAUUAUUUAUUCACUUAAGCUUCCUGUGUUUUUCUGUUUCGUUAGCCAUAUCAGAACAAGAAAUCCAAAUAAUAAAAUAAGAUGGCGUAAUUCUGGAUUACCUAAAUUCUAGACUGAAGCGUAGUGCAGGCAUGACGGGUUUGUAAUGUUGCUCCAGCUAUAAUUAUCUUGACAAGUGCUUAGUUGAGGAAAUAAUAGGUUUUCUUGAACUGUAAAAGAUUUUAGUACAUUUUUCUUAAAGAACUGAGAAUGCUUCUCGACCCCCAAAUUGCACUAAGCGUAGCGAUUUGUGUAUAUAACGGCGGUUACCCCCAGAAAUGUAAAAAUGCCUGGUGCUAUCAAAUAUUCACGGAAAAUCAGAAAGGGAGGUCUUAUCCCUUUAGGGUACGGUGAGAUUAUAUUGGUGCUGGAGCCCAGUGGUGUCUGUUUUACUGUAUACAUAUACUGUAAACUUGAAGCUGUUAUUCCCAAAACAGUGAUGUCAGGAUGUGGUGCUAAAACGUGGCAUAUGCUGUUCAUUGCACAGCAGGUGUACAGUUUCACUGACAAUGCUGCACAGAACUCCCUUUGCUGCACAAGAGAAAAAAUAAAACAGUUCUGAAUUUUUCAAAAAGCUCACCCAAUUUAUUUCACUCACGGAAGAGCACAGAUUUUAAACCAUCGCACAUUGCAUCGUAUACUGUUCUUGAGACAGAAGUUAUUACAGUACUUAGUUUCAGUAAAUACCAUGUGUAGGGAGGGGGGGCUCUCUGGAAACUAGAUAGAUUCUAUGAUUAUUUAAUUAACAUUUUUAUGGAAAUCAUUCAGUAUUUGUUUCACAUAAAUUUGAGACUUAAACAAAUGGGAUACAGAAUACACAUGUACAAUAUACAGCAUAUUUGGCUUUUUCGGGAAAUAUUUUAUCUUGGCGCCUGGUGAUUCUACAGUAUCCAGUUAAAUGACACGCAUUGCUAAAACUAUUUCUAGAUCUCACAAUCAGAUUCAGUGUUGAAUUUAAAACCUGGAUCGCUUCUGGGAUAGCUGGAUUAUUGUAUGCUGGCUGUAUUUAUGCUUCACUUGUAAAACUGUUACUAUGUGCAGUUUUUGUCACUGAAAUUGAAUUUUGGCGUACAAUGGACAGACAUAUCGUUUAUGCCCAAAACACAUUUUGUGUUAAGCUUUUUAGAGGUUAUUUACUGAUCUUGAUUUAUCUUAGCAGUGGAUCCAAAAAUGUAAUAUUUUGCUGAUUUCUAAAUAAAAGUGUAUACACUUUUUUUGUUGGGUCUGGUUUCAUUGCGAUAGUGGAUAUACUAUACUUUGGAGUUAUUGAUGGUGUUCCUAUUAUCUGAUUAGUAAGAGGCAGGUAAACUGCUACGUAGGUGCCACACAUAUCUCGUCGAGUAUGACGGCUCUGAUAUUGAAUCGGAGCUUUUUCUUCCAUGUGAACUGGAAGGCAUACAGCAUUUCAAGAGAAAUGUAAUCGGGAGGAUUAACAAUCUUUGGAAAGUUUGAGAAUGCUCAUGUACGUUUUUAUACAACAACAAAAAAAUAUAUCUUUUGGAUCAUUACCAAAUUAAAUGUUUACAAACUUGUUUAAAACAAUUUUGAAACAAUAAAGGUUAGAGUUAAAAAGCUUUAAAAGCGAUUUUAUGAUUAGCAUUUUAAGUGAACGUUAAAUUGAACGGUGUCAUAUGAUUCUUGUUGCACCGUAUGCAGUAUACAGUACAUUUUACAGUUACAGAUACAGUAUAUAUUUUCGUUGGUGUUUUUCAGAAAACAGAAAGCUUGAUUGGUGUAAACUAUUUACUCUGCUGUACACAGAUACGUCUGUAUCUCUCGAGACGUGUAAAAUAUGACGUCUUUUACGUUUUACGUGAGACACGUUAUUAAUUCUGGUAAUGGAUCAGAAAGCCAGCUGGUCAUUCCAGCAAAGGAUUUUUUUUUAAAUGUCUUUAAAGGCAGAAUAUAACAUUUUAAGGACAUUUGUAGGUUUUUUUUAUUUUGGAUUAUGAUCUGUGAUACAGAAAUAAGAUGAGCGUUUCGCUUUCUCAAGGAUCACCGCAAUUUAUCCCAUUAUACGGCGGUUUAUAUCAUUAUACUUUAUGUACUGUAUAAUUAUAUAAUAGCGCAGUAUUACAAAUAGUAUAAUUUUAACACAAAUUAUACUAUUUGCAUUACUGUGUCAAUCGAGAUCUGAAUCACCGUGUAAACAAAGUAAUCUCUUUCACUUUAGAAAGAUUGCCCACUUAAUAAAUUAAAGUGUUCUUAUUGUUAUUCAUAAUUAUGUUAAAGUCCUUUUUUUAUGGAAACCGUUUUGUAAUGGAAACCUGUCAAAAGGUUAUUUACUGUAAUACUGUAGGUAAAACUGCAUGUUCUUAAAAUUUACAUUUUCUUUGAUCUUUGUUUAAACAACACACACAUGCCUGGAAUUAAAAGAUUCUUAGUAACUAUUAUAUAUAUUAAGUUUUUCUUUAAUGUGUAAAAUACUUUUUACCCAAUUUUAUUUUUAGCUUUAUUUUUUGAUUCCUGCCAAAUCACUCCUUGAAUGUUUGUACCAUAUUGCUUAGAAUUUAACUUGUAAUCUGUGAAGAAAAUUUUAUUCAUUUUUAGUUUUUUUAAAAUGUUUUCACAUUUUGUGGCCGGAGGCAUUUUUGCUUUUUUUUUUGCGUGGAAAGAAAAUGUUCUUUUUAUUAGUUUUCAAAACUGGUUUGCUGCUAAUUCUGUACUGUGCUCUGGUCCAUACCUUGUGAGACUUAGCUAAUCAAAAAACAAGGGCUGGUAAAAGAUUCUUCCAUUGACAAAAGCUGCUUAAUGUUGUGCUUGUAAGAGGUAGCUCCAAUUGCUUGACAUUUUUAUUUUUGUAAAAUAAAAAUUAGAGUGUGUAAUAAA